AGGACUCAGGACAGCAGCUGCAGAGACCACCCAGGGAAGAGGAUGACGACCAGCAGAGCUCUGAUUCUAGGGAUCCUCGCCCUGACCCCUGUGCUCAGCCCCUGUGGGGGUGAGGAUGACAUCAAGGCUGACCAUGUCGGCUCCUAUGGUUUAAGCUUCUACCAGUCUCAUCAACCCAACGGCCAGUACAUGUUUGAAUUUGAUGGUGAUGAGUUGUUCUAUGUGGACUCAGAUAAGAAGGAGACCAUCUGGAGGAUCCCUGAGUUUGGUCAACAGACAAGUUUUGACCCACAAGGUGGACUGCAAGGCAUAGCUACAAUGAAACACAACUUGGGCACUCUGAUCCAGAGGUCCAAUUCUACCCCAGCCACCAAUGAGGUUCCUGAGGUAACCGUGUUCCCCAAAUCCCCUGUGCUGCUGGGUCAGCCCAACAUCCUCAUCUGCUUCGUGGACAACAUCUUCCCUCCUGUAAUCAACAUCACAUGGCUGAGAAACAGCAAGUCAGUCACAGACGGUGUUUAUGAGACCAGCUUCCUCUCCAACAGUGACCAUUCCUUCCACAAGAUCACCUACCUCACCUUCAUCCCUUCUGACGAUGACAUUUAUGACUGCAGGGUGGAACACUGGGGCCUGGAUGAGCCGGUGCUGAAACACUGGGAACCCGAGGUUCCAGCCCCCAUGUCAGAGCUGCCAGAGACUGUGGUCUGUGCCCUGGGGUUGUCCGUGGGCAUCGUAGGCAUCGUGGUGGGUACCAUCUUCAUCAUUCAAGGCCUGAGAUCUGGUGGCCCCUCCAGACACCCAGGACCCUUAUGAGCCACACCCUGGAAAGGAAGGUGUGUGGCCCUCUCCAGGGCAGAAGUGAUGAGCUGGACGACCGGGCAUGGAGUGUUUUCCUGCUCAUUCAUCACGUUGUCUUCUCCAAAUAUCCCCCAUCUCACUUCAUCUCACUUCUCCCUUGGACUUGUGACUGUCCCCUCACAGCUCACAUACCCUUGGAAUUUCCCCCGACAUGAGUUUUUUGUUUGUUUGCUUUGUUUCAUUUUGUUUUUUGUUUUUGGCGUCUUUCAAAUCAUAUCUACUGUAGAAUCUCUCAGUGGCCCUGAUUCAGUAGCGGCACAAAACCAAUAAAUCACCUUUUGUAAGUCA